AUGGCGACUCUUUCAAUCAGUGGUCUCCAGUCUUCGCUAGAGAAGCUCAGCCUCGAUUCUCCUCUUCCUUCAUUUCCCGAUGCCGAGGUGUUGGUACGCCCGCUUGACGUUUUCCGAUCCUACAUCGCCCAAAUCGUGGCUGAGAUUUCAGGAUGCGACCCUGCGGUUGCAUAUGAUGCCAUCCAGUCAACGGCUGCCAUCUCCAUGGGCGACCUUGCUGUUAUCCUUCCUCGUCUCAAAAUCAAGGCGAAAGGCGAUGCUGCAGCUGAGCUGCUUGAAAAAUUCCCCAAGUCGCCUCUUUACACGUUCCCUUUCAUCGAUGGGGUUCAUAUCCGCAUCUUCUCUCACCCGUUCUUCCUCCCAAGACUCGUAGUACCUUUCAUCGUCGAUCGGAAGGAGCUAUACGGUGCAGACGAUUCAUAUGGCCUGCGAGACGCUUCAUCCCCAGAAAGUGGACGGAAAAAGGUCGUGGUCGAGUUUUCGUCUCCCAACAUUGCAGCUGAGUUCGAAGGCAGACACCUUCGUAGCACUAUCAACGGCGCCUCGAUCGCCAACCUUCACGAGCGCAUGGGGUGGGACGUCGUCAGACUGAACUUUCUAGGAGACUGGGGCAAGAAUAUUGCCCUUCUUGCCGUUGGAUGGAACAAGUUCGGGUCGGAGGAAGAGUUCAGCAAGGACCCCAUCCGGCAUCUUCUGGACAUACACAACCAGAUUAACGAAUUAUUCAAGCCCGAGCAAGAGGCAAGUCUCAAGGCCAAAGACGAGGGAAAGAAUACGGCCGAGAUUGAGUCUCAGGGUAUCUAUGCCGAGCGUGACGCUUUCUUUAAGCGCAUGGAGGAGGGCGACGCCGAUGCGGUAGCCCUUACCACGAGGUUCCGCGAUGUGUAUGUCGAAGACUACACGAAGGCGUAUGCCCGUCUCGGCAUCAAGUUUGAUGAGUAUGCCGGCGAGUCACAAGUGACGUCAGAGUCCAUCGCAGAGGUCGAGUCUCUACUGAAAGACAAGGGCAUCUCUGAAGAAAGUGACGGAUCAUGGCUUAUAGACUUCAAGAAGCAUGGCGCUAAGGGCCUCGGAACUGGGAUGAUUCGGAACCGCACCGGAACUACCAUGUACUUCUCCCGGGAUCUCGCUGCGAUCCUGGAUCGAGAGAAGCAGUACGCUUUCGACAAGAUGAUCUAUGUCGUCAACGCCGAGCAAGAUUCCCACUUCCGCGGUGUGAUCAAGGCACUCGAGCUAAUGGGACGCGACGACCUGUCCAAGAAGAUCCAGCAUGUCAACUUUGGCAAAGUCCAAGGCUUAUCUUCUCAGCUUGGCAACGCUAAUCUUCUGGGAGAUAUGCUCAACCAGUGUGCCAACGCCGUCAAAGAUGCCAUGUCCACAGAACAGAACUCCGGGGCUCCGCUUGCCGCCGCCGAGCCUUUCGGCAUCACUUCGCUUAUUGCGCAGGAUAUGCAUACGAAGCGCGCCAACGGCUACGCGUUCGACAGCAAGAAAAUGACAGAGUUCGAAGGCGAAACGGGGGCUGCUCUGCAGUUACAUUACACCCGUCUUUGUCUAACUAUCAAAGAGCUUGGUGUCGAUCCUACUGCACUCGAAGAGGUCGACUAUUCCCACUUGGAGGAAGAAGAGUACACAAACCUCCUUAGGCUCAUGGCCCAAUAUCCCGAUGUUGUUAAUGCAGCGUACAAGACACUCGAGCCGUCUGCUGUCCUGACCUAUCUGUAUCGGCUGGCCGAGCAGAUUGUUGUGUGUCUUGAUGACGACGAAGGAGGAGAUGAGGAGGGCGAGGGGGAGGAGGAAGAAACGGCCGAGAACCCGAAGGCUGACCUUGCGCGAGCUGUGCUGUAUGAGAAUGCGAGACAAGUGUUCGAAAAUGGCAUGAGAGUCCUCGGUAUCAACCCGUUGGCGACUUGA